CUCCGGAGCAGAGGCGGCCGCGUCCCGCGUAGGCUCCGCGCGUUUCCCCCGGGCGGCUCUCCCGGGGCCGCGAUGCGCUCGGCCUGAGCUCUCCCUCCUCAGCGCGCCCGCUUGAGGCCUCCGCGGGGCGAGGGGCCGCGAUGGCCACGGGCGGCUGGCAGGAGGCGGCGGCCCAGCAGGCCGAGGAGACGGCGGCCCGGGUGCGGGACGUGCUGUCGGGCGGCCUGGGCCUGCUGCGCGCCGAGCUGGGCCUGGAGCUGGGCCUCGACCCCCAGGGCCUGCCCACCUGGCUCGCCCUGGCGCUCCCGGCCGCGAUGGGGCUAGCGCUGCUGGGGCUGCUCCUGGCCGCGGCCUGCGGCGGAGGUCUCCGCAAGAAGGCGGUGCGGAGCGCGGCCGAGAGGAAGGGCGACGAGGUGGCGGCCCUAACGGCCGGCGGGGGCCAGGGCAGGGCGCCGGGGCCGGGGCCCGGGCUGCUGAAGGGCGACGAGCAGAAGAAACGGAACAAAAAGAAGCUGCCGGAGAAAGCGGCGAGGCCUAACGGCCGGUCUUUCCUUGAUGUAUCCGAGGAGGAAGUAAUACAGCCUGUCCGUAAAGAAACUACAAAGCAGCCAUUGGAUGCAGAAAAGAAGAAUGAAAAGUCAAAGAAGAAAAAGAAAUCAAAGGGUGAUGCUAAAACAGCUACAGAUGUGUCACGUCUAGAUGGAAAGGAAGCCGAUGAAGGAACCUGGGAAACAAAAAUCAGUAACAGAGAAAAGCGUCAGCAGCGUAAACGAGACAAGGUGAUGACUGAUGGUGGCUCAGGAGAAUCAAAUCUCCAAGGGACAGAAAACACAGCUGCUGUAUCCAUUGAACAACUGAUGCCCCCACCAUCGCUUCCAGUUGGUCUCAGAAAAAAUAAAGGUGAUACUCUUCUGAAUGUGCAAGUUAGCAGCUCUAAAUCUUCAAAGGGGGAGUCAUCAGUUCCACAAGUUUCCCCAGGAUUAAAUGAAAGCCAUACAGUAAAUGGUGGAAGCUGGAAUGAGAAGCCUGUAAAAAUCUCCUCACAGAUUGGUGUAGGGGAGGAAAAAUGGACACCUGUUUCCUCAGCUACAGCUGGGAAGAGGAAGACUGAGACAUCUGCCUGGGCCCAAGACACUGGAGAUGCUAAUGGGAAUGGAAAGGACUGGGGUGUAACCCUGGUGAGCAGGCCCUGGAAAGAGCGUUCUUUGUUCACUCCCAUUGAUGCUUGGAAGGUAGAUGCAAGGAUUAAUACCUCUGAACAGAAUUCUACUUCUUUCUCUUCUUUUGGAUUAACUCCUGGAGUUUCUGGAUCCAACAGUGAACCGGUUUCUCAGGCUGGUACUUCUGAUUUUCCGUGGGAUUUAAGUCACACUCAGCCCCCUGUUGAUGAUGAAUGGUCUGGGUUAAAUGGACUUUCUUCUGCUGAUCCUAGCUCUGAUUGGAAUGCACCGGCAGAAGAGUGGGGAAACUGGGUAGAUGAAGAAAAAGUUGCUUCUGUUCCACAGCCUGAAGAGGCUUUAUCUAAUGUUCAGAAGGCUUUAGAUAAUGAAAGAGAAAAAGCAGAGCCAGUUCUUCAGAGUUCUGCAAGUGGGAAGUCCAAGAAAAAGAAGAAGAAAAAGAAGAAGCAGGGUGAAGAAGCUAGCUCUCCUUCACAGGACACUGAAGAACUGGACAGAGAAGCUGGAGAGGAAUUUCAUGAGAAUACCUCAAAAGCUCAACCACAGCAGGAAAUAGUUUUUUCUCUGAAGACCAUAAGUACUAGUGAACCAGCUAAGCCUGAGGAGGCUCCUUCUCUUGCUGUUUCUACUGAGCCAUCUGUAAUUGUAUCAGAGAGCGAUUCUGUCAAGAUUGCUUCCCAAGUGCCACAGAUGCUGCAAGAGACAGAUGUUUCUAGUCCCAGUAUUAAGCAAAACAGUGUGCCUCCUCCCCAGACAAAGUCUGAAGAAAGCUGGGAAUCGCCCAAACAAGUUAAAAAGAAGAAAAAAGCAAGGAGGGAAACGUGAACUUCUGAGAUGGACAUGUGUUGCUGAAUACUGUCAUGAAGAUUAUGCUGUUUAUGCAAUAAUUUGUGAACAUGUACAGAAUUUUAUAUAAGUUUCAAACAAUUUUUAAAAACAGAACUGCUGUGAACACAAACAUCUUCAAAAAGGAAUCAAAUGAAAGUAACUUUAUAAUGUAGAAAACAGAACAUGCUACAUUUGAGAGACAUUCUGAAGAGUCUGUUUUUCCAACUUUUGGAGAGAGAUCUUAAUUAAAACAAACUGGUUUUACAACACAGUGCCCUGUUUACAACAGAUUAUAUUCUCAUCUACUGCUGCGGGUAAAAGGUUAAUUUCAAGGAAGGGUUUUCUGUAACAUAUUUGUCUGUACAAUAGUGGGUGUUUCUUGCCUCUCUUGUGAGUGAUGCAGUAGAAGCACAGAAUGUCAACCAUUUGAAUUUGUUUCAUGCCUAAAUCGAAGUGCUUUGAUUUAAUAUGUAAUCUGCCAUAUCUUUACAGUAAAGUAAGUCGGUUAGCGAGUCUGCUAGCUAUUACAGGAAUCACAAGUGCAAAUCAUAACCAUUUGUAUGAGUCAGACCUUCAUGGUUUGUAUAUGAGGUUAACACAAUAAAACUACUUUGGGUUAAAAGUUUGAGAAUGUGAUUUGAAACAUAAGUAUGGUCCAUGAAGUUAUUUUUGAUAAUGACUAUUACCUUACUUGAACUGUUGAAGAUAACAAUAUAUAUUUUAAGACUGCAGUAAUGUGCAUAAAAAUCGGUUUUUCUGCUUCAUUCUCUGUAGUUCUUGGUUGAUUCAAAUUCCUAUCCAAAAUUGUAGCACUUUUAACUCUUAAACUCAUGUGGGGAAUUGAAAUCAAAUGUUCUCUUCCCUUAAAACUUCGUAAUUUACCACAGCCAAUUCUGUUUUAUUCUCUAUUACUAAAACUCAAAGUAAGCUGAACCUUUUUCACUUGACAAAUUAAAUGGGAUUUCAAUGAUCUGUUGGAGAACUGGAGUGGCUUCAGACAGCUUUAAUUGACAUUGUCAAGACCAGUUAUCAGGAACACUUUUUUUUUUUUACUGCCUUAACCUGUAGUGUGUAGAGUAUGUCUAGACUUCUGAACAGGAGUUUGUGUUUUUAUAAAAAAUAAAAAAAACAUUAAUUCAAGUAUAGCAGUUAUAAAAAAAAAAAUAAAGAACAUUUCCUGCUUGAAACUGUUAAUUAAA